GCUUUCAGCAUCAAGUACUGUCUUCGAUUAAGCGGCGUCACCACUUACAUCAGGCCUACAGGCAUUUUCCGUUCCCCUCUAUCUCCUUCCACUACCUCGUAAAUCAUGAUCCAUACAGACGUGCUGGCAAAGCUGCUUGGCGUUCUGGAGGCCAUUCAGGCUCGCGCUACCACCCCGACUAGGCUCUCUCUUGGUGCAGCAGCGGGCGUAGUGGCGUUAACGAUCGUCCUGAGGUAUCUCACCGCGAAACAAUCAAAGCUCAUAACAGACUAUGCGAAAGUAGCGAGGAAAGUCAAUGACGACCACGGAGCAGAGUUUGAUGAGUGGGACUUCAUCAUUGUUGGAGGAGGCACAGCAGGAUGUGUUCUGGCAUCACGUCUCUCCGAAAACUCAAACCUGCGCAUUCUACUCAUCGAGGCUGGUGGAAGCUCUAAAAAUAUCCCCUUAAGCAAGACACCCGCCGCCUUCGCGAAAUUAAUGCGCAGUCAAUGGGACUACCAUUUUUAUACCGAGCCUCAGCAACAUGCAGGUAAUAAGAGAAAAUUCUGGCCUCGUGCUAAACUUCUCGGAGGCUGUUCUGCUAUGAAUGCCAUGAUCGCACAAUACGGUGCACCGUCCGAUUUCGACGAAUGGGCGGAAAUUUCUGGCGACCAAUCCUGGUCGUGGAAUAAUUUCAGCAAGUAUAUUCGUAAGUUUGAGAAAUAUACCCCAGACCCGCGCUUCCCACACGUCGAUCCACUCCUCCGCGGUGCCAAUGGACCUGUUGAGAUUAGGUACAGCCCCUACAUAUGGCCAGGCGCCCAAGCUUUUAUCGAGGCAAGCAUUAACGUCGGCAUACCUUUCUCACCCGAUUUCUGUACGACCAAGGGAACGAAGGGGACAAAUAAGGCAAUGAUGUACAUCGACAGCAAGAGCACUCGUGUAACUACCGAGUCUGCAUACCUCACUGACGACGUCCUUGCCCGUCCGAAUUUGAAAGUCGUCACUCACGCGCGCGUCUCUAAGGUUCUUCUUGACACAUCCAGCAGCACACCACGUGUCACUGGUGUCGAGUUUGCCAGCAAAUCUCAUGUGAAUAAAGUCGGGCCCACGUUCCGUGCACGAGCAACCAAGGAAGUCAUUGUCUGCGGCGGCGCCGUACACUCUCCUCAGAUCUUGAUGCUUUCUGGCAUUGGUCCAGCUGCGCAGCUUUUACGUCACAACAUCCCGGUUGUGCUCGACGCUCCCAGCGUUGGGGUUAAUCUCAUGGAUCACCCAUCAGUCAAUAUCCGGUUCAGGGAAAAGAACGGAAUUACGUUUCACCACUUUACGCCUCACAGUUUGAACACCAUGCGCUUGUUUUUACGCGACUUGCUGCGGUAUCAACUGUGGGGCACCGGCCCACUCACUUCUAAUGUCGGCGAGUCUGUAGCAUUUUUCCGAUCAGACGACCAGGUCCUCUUCCCGCCUGCCGAGUACAACAAUGACCUCGAAGAUACAAACUCAGGCCCAGACGCACCAGACAUCGAGAUCAUCAUGUGUGCCGGUGCAGUACGCGCACACAACAUAUCACUCAACCCAAAGCUCCAGGCAUAUCAGAUGAUCAUUACCUUAUUACGUCCUACAAGUAAAGGAUCGCUCCUUCUCAAAUCUGCCGACCCUUGGGAUGAUCCGCUCAUGGAUCCAAACUACCUCGAAACAAAACACGAUGUCGAUGUACUCGUUCGAGGUGUCCGCGCUGGUAUCAAAAUCGCACAUACAGCACCCAUGACCUCUGUCACCGACGUGGAUGCCUCAUACCACCCCGAACUUGACCAUCACAUCUCCAGUCUAAGUGACGCAGAGCUGGCGGAUCUUGUUAGAGACCGUGUAGAAACGUUGUAUCACCCGGUAGGGACGUGUUCGAUGGGAGCUGGCGGCGUCGUGGACUCGGAGUUGCGUGUCAAGGGCACUCAGGGGCUCCGGGUGUGCGAUGCAAGUGUUUUCCCUAAAUUGGUCUCAGGACACCCGACUGGUGCGGUUAUUGCGACAGCCGAGAAAUUGGCGGACAUUAUCAAGGCUCGCUACGCAUAAAACUUAGGCUCCUCGGCGAUGUCGGUGUAUCUUAUUGCGAUUUUGUGGUAUGCUGUUGAUUC